AUGGUCGAUGCUUGGAAUUUCUUCAUACACACAAGUGCAGAGAGGAGUCCGGAGGUGCGAACUACGACAACGAACGAAGAUCACGGUGCCGGUGAUUACGUCAGGAAUUCGAAAAUCAGAUGUGAAGGUGGCUGGCCAAUCGAAGCUUUCAAAUUUUUUGCAUAUCAGGGUGCUGUUACCGGAGGAGACUACGGUGAUAAGGUGCAUAUCUCGUCGAUUGACUUUGUGUCAUGCUGUGAUUCAUGCGGUUUUGGAUGUGAAGGUGGAUGGCCGAUUGAUGCUUUCGAAUAUUAUUCAUAUCAGGGUGCCGUCACUGGAGGAGACUACGGUUCCAAGAACGGCUGCCGUCCUUAUCCGUUCCAUCCAUGUGGACAUCAUGGAAAUGAAACGUAUUACGGAGAAUGCCCGAAAGAGGAAAGCACUCCAACAUGUGUGAAGCAAUGCCAAAAAAGUUACAAGAAAUCGUACAGGAGGGACAAGACUUGGGGUUUCUUCCGCAUGGUCCGGGGAACCAACCAUUGUGGAAUUGAAGAGGACGUAGUUGCCGGACAUGUUCGAGGGUGA